AUGAGGAAAGACGAUCUCUACAUCACCGUUCCCACUUUCUUCCGAUGUCCUAUCUCGCUCGACGUUAUGAAAUCCCCAGUAAGUCUCUGCACCGGCGUUACCUACGACCGAGCUAGCAUCCAACGGUGGCUCGACGGCGGGAACAAUACUUGUCCGGCAACGAUGCAAAUCCUCCAGAACAAGGAUUUCAUUCCUAAUCGGACUCUUCAGCGUCUCAUUGAAAUUUGGUCCGAUUCCGUGCGUCGCCGGGCUUGUAUUGAAUCGGCGGAAACUGCAGUUCCGACGAGGGAUGAGAUCGCCGCUGCGAUCGAGAAGGAAGAGCGAUACGACCGCGAUAUUUUGUCGAAGAUUCUUCGGUUCGCGAGAGAAUCCGAUGACAACAAAGGAUUUCUCGCCGGGAAAGACGAUUUCGUGCGACUUCUAGCCGAUCUCUUGAGCCAGGUAGAUUUCAAAACUACCUCCACCGUUAAAUUACUGGUUGUUCAAGAGGCGGUGAAGAUUCUGAGCAUGAUCCGAACCAAAAUCUCAGAUCGGAGACGGUUUUCGAAUCUGAUUUUAAACAACGGUCGAGAUCGUUUGACGGCAAUCAUCUUCUUGUUCAAAACCGGGAAUGUCGAAUUGAAGAUUGACUGCGCCGGUUUACUCGAAUUCGUCGCCGUCGACGCUGAAUCGAAGCUGUUGAUCGCCGAGAGAGACGGGUUAGUUAACGAACUGAUGAAAUCAAUCAGCGGAGACUCCGAUCCGAGCUUAAUCGAAUCGACCUUAUCUGUUCUGAUCGCAAUCAGUUCACAGAAACGCGUGAAGCUCAAUCUAAUCCGAGAGAAACUCAUCAAGGAGCUCACGAAAUUGUUAGCUGCUGAUCCAACGACGUCGAGCGUUUCGGUGACGGAGAAAUGCUUGAAGCUUCUCGAGACUUUAGCUUCCACCAACGAAGGGAGAUCGGAAAUCUGCGGCGGAGACGGCGAGUGCCUGAAGACGGUUGUUAAAAAGCUGAUGAAAGUGUCGACGGCGGCGACGGAGCACGCCGUGACGGUGCUUUGGAGUGUCUCUUAUCUUUUCAAAGAAGAGAAGGCGCUUGAAGCAGUUACGAGUACUAACGGCGUUACGAAGAUUCUGUUACUGUUACAGAGCAAUUGCUCUCCCGCCGUUAGGCGGAUGUUAACGGAUCUUCUCAAGGUCUUCAAGGUGAAUUCAAGAUCAUGCCUUUCGGCUUACGACACCAAAACGACACAUAUCAUGCCGUUUUGA